CGGAAGUGGCGUUUAAGUAAUAGUGCGCAGAUGCGGAAGUCACUUGGUCAAGCCCCUGACUUUUGUUCGUUGCACAGUGAACCGAGACCGCAGACAUGCGUAAUACAUGCUAAAGUGCUCCCGGUGUUUUUUUUUUUAUAAUUGAUUUGGUGUUUGGAAGUGACCUACCAGGGGUAAAAGCCAAGAACCCCCUCACCAGGCUAGUGUGUCUUUCGACGGUUGGAGGUGAAUCAGCUCGAGGCAACCGCGGAAGAAGAGGAAGAAGGAGAUGUCAUACUACUCAUCGUCCCGUAGUUCGUCCAGGGCCACCGACUGCAAAGUGUACGUGGGUGACCUGGGCAAUGGUGCCGCCAAGGGAGAGUUAGAACGGGCUUUCAGCUACUACGGCCCGCUGAGGACCGUCUGGGUGGCCAGGAACCCACCAGGGUUUGCUUUUGUGGAGUUUGAGGAUCCAAGAGAUGCAGAAGACGCUGUGAAAGGCAUGGAUGGAAAGCUCUUGUGUGGGUCACGUGUACGCGUUGAGAUGUCGACGGGCAUGUCCAGGAAGGGCCGCGGACGCCCGAGCCGGCGACAGUUUGACCCAAAUGACCGGUGUUACCAGUGUGGGGACCGCGGCCAUUAUGCCUACGACUGCUACCGCUUCAGCAAACGCGGGCGACGCAGCAGGUCCCGAUCCCGUUCUCGGUCACGAUCCAGGUCCAGAUCCCGUGGACGCCGCUAUCGCUCCCGUUCUCACUCUCGCAGCCGUAGCCGCAGCAGGAGCCGUCGCCGCUCUCCAUCAUACUCUAGACGCAGGAGCAGGUCUGGCUCUCAAGCCCGCUCAAAGUCCAGGACUCCAGUGAGAAGUCGCUCCAGGUCGCGCUCUCGGUCAAGAUCUGGGCCGAGAGGACGUUCAGCCUCCCGUUCCCGCUCUCGAUCCCAGUCAGCCAAUCACAAGAGGAACAGUGUGUGCUGGGAGCUGCGCACUGCGUUGACACUGCAGCUGAUCCCAGGCCAAGGGUCUGCCAGCUGGCGGUGUGUACGUCCUGCGGGAGGGUGACUAGGCGCUGAACUGAGAUCAGCCUUCGCCUGGUGUUAGACAGCGAGAACCUCCCCCCGCACAGUGAAUGGGUGACCGUCUGUCCAACCGACGCACACGCUCAGACGAGAUCAGCCCGUGCACACUUACAGUUGUUCUCCUAGAGUCACACAGGCCGCCAGCCAGCCGGCAGAUCUACCAGAGCGCCGACACGAACAAUUCAGAGUUCGACCAUUUAAAAUCCAUUACCUACCAGACCCCCUACCUACCUACCUACCUACCAGAGCUCUGCGGCCUCUGACUUAGCUUCUGAAAAUGAGAGCGAGCUGACCUGAGAUCAGUCUUCAAGAGCGUAGUCAUCCGUCCUUCAGUGCUUUCAUCCUUCGCUUCUCUGUACUUGUUGUUUCUGCCAGUGUCUCCAAAGGUAACAACCACCCCCCUCUCUAUAUACCCCCCCUACCAUGACAAGCUCAUGUUUUAUGGUCAAAGCAAAUGCACAGGCUUCAUGUACAGUGGGUGGUGAUGGCUAAAAAGUGAGAAUGAGCAUGCGAUGUGUGCGUGUUGUGAAUGAGUGUUGUCUCAGGAGGCCUCUGGAGCGCACAUUUCUGUCAUGCAUGCCUUCCAGUAUAUAAACAAGUUAUUUUAUGUAUACAUAUAAGUGCCGCAAGUAAGCCAGACUGGUUUUUGCGCCUCACUGCUUAGCAUCUGUUGAAGGAUGUAGCUGCAAUUUCGCCUCUCAGCUCAAAUUGUCAACUUUUAAGUAGUAAGGUGACAGACUGGUUUUCGUUUGCCCAAGGGGUUCUAUUACUUUCCUCUUUGGACCUGGGAUUAUUAACAUGUAAGCUAGUGCACCACAGCAAAAUAAGUAGCGGUGUGUGUGUGAGUGGGGGCGUGUCAUCAGUCUUCCAUUCUCCCUUACAGCACACUAACUUAUCCCUGUUUCUGUUUCAGUCGUUCCCGCUCAGCAAGUCCACCACGAAGUCCAUCGCCAGCUGCCAACUGAGUGACAAGACCCCCGUCCCACUUCCAACCCCCGUUUGCUUUUUUGUAGCCCCCCCACGUUCAUGUGUGGUUUUAUUUGUUGUUUUUUUGAUUGGCUGAAGGUUUUAGGGCAUCCUCCCCAUGUAGUUCGUAUGAGGUGCACCCUUAACAGUACUUCUGCAUGAUACUGAAUGUUGCGGUGGACUUUUAGAAGAGACAUUUAAACACUUUUUGCUCAUGAAGCAGAUGAUUCUGGCCCUGCUUUCCUUAAUGUACUUUUCUGUGCUGCACUGUGCCCCCCCCAAAAAAGUUCUGUGUGCUAAAGAGAUCCUUUUGACCCUCAGUUUAUUCCUGUGUAUCUUUGAUUUUGGAAGGGCUGCUUAUACAGUGGUUCCUGCUUGUACUGUCAAGACGGGCAGUUUUAUUUUUCAAUAAAGCUCUCCAACAUA